CGGAGCGGUUCCACGUUGGCCAGGAGAGGUUCUGAACAUGCGUGGUGUUGGUCUCUGGAGGCUUUAAUCAAAUCCAGGCUUUACCAGAAAUCGACUCGAAACUUCCAGCGAGGGAGGGAACUGAAAGCAGCCGGAGCAGGGAGGCUCCGGGCGGGUGCGGGGGCUGGCAGGGAUGGUGCCUUCAGCAAGGGGACAGCCCCGGUGAGGCAGCCGGGAUGAGAGCCUACCCAUGAGCUCAGACUUCCAGCAUUACAGUUUCAGGAUGCCGAACAUCGGGUUCCAGAACCUUCCUCUCAACAUAUACAUCGUGGUUUUCGGCACAGCCAUCUUCGUCUUCAUCCUCAGCUUGCUCUUCUGCUGCUACUUGAUCAGGCUCAGGCAUCAGGCACACAAAGAGCUUUACGCCUACAAACAGGUCAUACUCAAGGAGAAGGUGAAGGAGCUGAACCUCCAUGAGAUCUGUGCCGUGUGCCUGGAGGAGUUCAAGCCCAAGGACGAGCUGGGGAUCUGUCCCUGCAAACAUGCCUUCCACAGGAAGUGCCUCAUCAAGUGGCUGGAGGUGCGGAAGGUGUGUCCCCUGUGUAACAUGCCGGUGCUGCAGCUGGCACAGCUGCACGGGAAGCCGGACCCGGGCCCGCCGCAGGGGCCGCUGCCCGGCUCGCAGAACAUCGUAUAGAGCAUCGUCCGUCCCGGGCCGGGCCCGGCCGCGCCCGCCCGCGGCGCUCGGACACAACCAAAGCACUUGGGCCGCAGCGGAGCGGCCCCGAAUCCCGCCGGGAUGAAGCCUGGGCUCGGAUCCUCCGCCAGGGCCGGGAGGGGACUCGGCGUCCUCGGCACGACCUCCUUCUUCCAGCACCUCCCUCCUGCAGCCCCGCGGCCGCCGGGAAGCGAAGGGGGCACCCGGCGAGCUCCGGGAGCUCCACGGCCCCGAGCUCCGGCACUGCUGCCCCGAACGGGGCGGGCCCCGAGCGUCGCGGCCGGUUCUGCUCCCUCCUCCUCGCCUUCGGUUCCUUUGCCUUUGCGGCUCCCGGCAGGAAAGGGGUCUCACCCCUGGAGUCGGGUGUCCCCUCGGCACCCGGGGUCACACCCGGCGGUGGCCGUGUGGGGUCUCCCGGGUUUGGAUUCCCUCCCACCCUCCUGAGGGCGGCUGUCCCUCCUCCUCGGCUACCUCAGGGGCCUGGAGCUCCUGGAAGGGGGCACCAGCCAGAGCCACGGCGCGGGGGGCAGCGGCAAUCCCGCCGAUCCUUUGGGAUCAUCCCGGCCGGGCAGCAGCAAUCCCGGCCGAUCCUUUGGGAUCAUCCCGAUCCUUUGGGAUCAUCCCGGCCGGGCAGCGGCAAUCCCGGCCGAUCCUUUGGGAUCAUCCCGAUCCUUUGGGAUCAUCGCGGCCGGGCAGCUGCAAUCCCGGCCGAUCCUUUGGGAUCAUCCCGGCGCUUCCAGCCGGGCUCUUCGGGUUCCCCUUGCCAAAACACCCGAACCCCCUCAGCGCCUGGGGGAGCUGGGCCACCCCCUGGCCUCUCCGGGUUUUUGGUGUCCCCUGCUGUCCUCAGCUGUCGCAUUCCCGGGGUGGGGAGGGGGUGUCAGUAUUCCCGGGGCAGGGCUGGGGGGGCUCCUGGUGCCGUCCCCCCUCCCUAAAAAAACUCGGGACUGUUUAUGGAGCGUGGAGCCUCAUAGACGUGUUUGUACACUACAAAUUCUGCAGCAGAAUAUUUUUUAAAACAUUCGCUGGUUUUGGUUUUUUUUUGGUUUAUUUUUUUCCUCUUGUUUGUUUGGUUUUUUUGUAAGCUCUAUUUUUGUAUAUUUAAUUGCUAUUUGAAAAUUCUAAUAACGCGUCUUUUUUGCUAAUCACACUCUUCUUAAGGAAAAACCAGGAAAGAAAAAAAAAAAAAAAACAAACAAAAAACAAAAC